AACUUCGACUUGGCACCUGUAGGCCUUCCGGCAGAGAAAGGAGCCCGAGUAUAAAAAGGCUGCUCUCGCGUCCUGUUCGUCACACCUUCGCCAGACAGGAUCCAUUCAACAUGAAGAUCACGGCUCUCUUUGGCAUUCUUCUGCUUUCAGGCGCGGUCCGAGGUCGACCUCAGCAGAGCGCCUCGGAGGACGCGUCGACCCCAAGGGUCAAGAGAGGCUACACGGGCGGCGGCGGCUACGGCGGAGGAGGACACGGCGGCGGCGGCGGCGGCGGCUACGUGAUUUCGAGCGGCGGCUACGGCGGCGGCGGCCACGGCACCUCGGCGGCCGACGUGGCCAACCAGGCCGCCGGACAGGCCAGCGCCGCCGUGGCGUCGCAGGACGGCGCCGCCUGGGCUGCCGCCAACGCCGCGUCGCAGCAGGUGGCGUACCAGGCCUCCUCCGCCGCGCAGACGGCGCAGUCGGCGGCGGCGGCCAAGUACCAGCAGGCCGCGCAGGUGACUCAGGCAGCGCAGGCGGCGCAGUCUGCCGCCUUCUCCGAGUCUGCGCAAGCCGCCAAGGCCGCCAAAGCCGUGCAGGCUGCAGAGGCAGCCAAGCAGUGGGCCGUGCAGCAGGCGCGCAAUCUGGCGCAGGCGCAGGCAGCCGCCGAGGCGCAGGCGGCGCAGGCAGCCCAGACUCUGCAUGCUGCGCAGGCGGCCUACAACAACCAGGCCACCAUGGCGUGGCAGGCGCAGCAGGCGGCGCAUGCGCUGGCGCAGCAGCAGUCUGUUGCUCUCAACGACCUGGACUCCGCGCAGGCCGCGGCGGCGCAGGCCACCUCCGCCGCGCAGAAGGCGCUGGCGCGGGCCAAGGGCACGGGCCACGGCGGCUUCGGCGGCGGCGGAGGCUACGGCGGCGGCCACUGA